AUCCAAACUAAUGCUUAGCGGAAGUGAUGAUAUUCAAUUAUAUCCUCUUAUUAAAGUUAUGAAUUAAAUUUGCACAACUUUUCUAAAUAUGGCAUUGAGAUAGCUCACCCUGGCUAAGAGUGGACUGUGUAUAAAGUGAAUGAGGAGGAAUAUUGGCUUUAGUUAUAUGAUUAAAACAAAGCAUUCCUUAUUAUUGUGGAUAUUAUAGUGAAUACAGCCAAGGUCAAUAGAGCUCGACAACGUCUGGUGGCUGGCUUGCUGAAACAUAUAUAAUGGCUGGAAUAUAUCGAUUACUGUGUCAACCAUGUCUGAUAAUCUGUGUUUUGCUUUUGGAAUUAAGCAGUGUUCACUGUUGUAUGCGUUAUCCCGAGAACGCAGGUAAAGUAUUGUAAUUCAACUUGGGUUUGUUUAUUAUUCGUAACAAGAUUUGGAAAUUCAUAGUUAGCUUUUAUCUAUAUUGGAUAUACGUGGGUUAAUGCAAACUGUAUAUGCAUGAUUCGCAGGGAGUAUUGAUUUUAAGUGACACUUCUGCAGCAUUAUUAUAUUUAUAUAUAAUUAUUUUUACACGGCACUUCAGAAACAUUGUACCAGGUUUCAAAUUACAAUUUUAGCACUAUAAAACUAGCCUAAACAUGAAGUUUACAAAUGCGUGUUCAUAUUCGAAACAUAGUAACUCAUUGAACUCAAAGAAUUCUUUAUGUUAUGAUGUAACUGAUAACUAAUCGACCAAAAAAUUCAUAGUCCGAGAUAAGUUCCGUCAUCAUCAGUUCAUGCAGUGGGAUUCGAAGUACAACAAUUCAUUAAGUCCAAUUCAAACUGAAAUAACUUUUCAACCGCCCCCAAGGAAAAUGUAAAUUGCAAGAUAUUUGGCAAUGUUGGAACGGAUUCGAGAGCGAUAUAUUUGAUACAUUAAUUUCAUGCGUAGUUGCUUUGUCGUUGAAACGUCAUGAAACACAUACAUAUUUACCUGGUUGCAUUUGGUUGCUGUGUAACUGUAUUUUGCCGAGAUGUAAUUGAUUGUUCGUAUUAUUUUCCUGAAGCUUUCUAUAUCAUUCUACUUUUUGAUCGAAUUAUUUCACAUAUUUAGCUAUUGCUUGCGUUGAGUCAGAGCAAUCUUUGAAUAUAGUUAUAAUUGUUACAGAAUGUUCUACUGAGUGACUUGAGUGGCACUGAAUAUUUUACCUUUUUGCAUAUGUGUAUAAUAUCGCAUUCAACAAGCUUUUGGCGGCUCAGAGCCAGAGUUUUUCUUUCAACAAUAUUUCCAGGACGAAAAAGCUACAAAUCUGGCAGCAAGAGCGCUAAACACAUCCCAAGGCCACACAUCAAAAGGCAGUCAAGGUUUGCGAAAGAUAAUAGAGCAUGAAAGAGAGCAUGCCUGUCAGAUGUUGGGAUCCUAGGUAUAGCGGCUCAGAAGGUCUUAUGCAUGCUUAAGCAAAGUAGAAAAUUUCAAUUUUUCCGAAUACAUUCUGCAAUGUUUACCGACCAGAUUUAAUAAAAGUUGUACCCAAGACGUAAAUUCAUGAAAUGAUGCUAUCAAAAACUUAAAAUUUCCUGUUCUGUGGCCGAAUCUUAUUCGUCAGCCGUCAAUCAUGUCGGCUUGAUAUACGAACAUUUUCCAGCAAUUGUGUUUGAGCAAAUUAGCGGACACUCAAUUUUGACAAUAUGAAACAAAAGUAAAAAAAUUUCUUCUGUGCCCAAAAAAUUUCAAUCUUCUUUACAAGAAGAAAAUGUUUUUGGCUACCUGAAAAAAUAUAAAUAUACAGGCAUGAAAGAGAGCUGUGAUUAGCUCUGCAGUCAGCAGUCUGGCCUCUGAAAUUGUUAUAUCUAUAUAUUAACCAUAAAUUCACUUAGAAUAUUCUCUACACGAGCUGCUAUUAUGAAUGUCACGGAAGUUUGAACACAAAAUCUGUAUCAUAUGCUAAAUAUUAAACGUUGUUAGUACCCUCUUUGGUAAAAUGCAUGCAAGUAUUACAGCGCCGAGGUUGAGGGUUGAUGAGAGUUGCACUGUAAAUUUGAAGGUGUUAAUCUGUCACCAAAAACGGUGAUAGAAAUAUAGAAUAAUCAGUGAUCUUUAGGAGUUUAUUCAAGCUAUGUGUCGAUCCAGUCUAGAUCCAGCUACACAAGUUGAAGGUGAUUUAGAUUGGGCAUAUAAAACAUCAAAUGAACGUUUGCGUGAAAUAACGAAAUCGGAAUCGAUCUCCAAUUUCUGACAUGUUCAAUAUUUGAAGUAUAGAGCACGUGUGUUAAGAAUGGAAAUGCCGGACAGCCUUCAAAAACAUUCACUCACUGUCAGGUACUCUUCGCCGAUAAACUGACACCAAAUAAAACAUGGGGAAAAAUGGAGGAAGUACUUGGAUUAGAGAAAUCACAGAUGCUGAAAACGAUGACAAAAACGGACUUCUUGAAGCUGUUGAGUGUUGGAUGAAGUUUUUCCCUCAACCAUGCAACUUCACCUCAAAUUGAGCAAAUUGAUGAGUAUAGGAAAAAAUAAUGACGACAAUCAAGUCAACUUCUUGAAAUUUACAGUGUGGCAGUCUAUACAAGCUUUAUUAGGGACUAAUACAUUCAUGUAUUUUAAUUUUGAAGUUAUUUUGAACUUAUUUACAUCUAAUUUUCCUAAUUCGUCUUACUAAAAUGAAUAUAUACCUUCUAGAAAUCUGAUAGGCUUUUUAAUUAAGACUCCUAUUUGCAUUAUUUACACAUGUUCAGGUUAUAUUCGACGUCAGUCGAACUUUUGAAAACAGAAGGGUAAUAAUUUAUAUUUACAGUAAAAACGAAUAUACAUUUUUAACUAUUAUACAUUGAAUAUAUAGUGUUUUUUCUUUUUCUUUUAAAAGUACUAUAUUAACAAAAGAAAGGUUUGAUGAGUGCCCCAACAAUAUUUUAACUUAAAUAAAAUACAUUGUCAUUGAUUGUGUUGGUAAAUCUUUAGGCACUGCUAACCAAGGUCGCGUGCUCUUAUCCUCAUUUGAUCCAAGCUUAUAUAGGGAUAGUUAGACUACAGGAAAUAAGAUAAUUUUUAAUCCGUUGGAGAAUAAACGAAAGGGCGAGUUAUAUGAUACUAUAAUUAUGUAAAGUUUGUGAUAAAAAUAUCGAAUCCAAUUAUAAGGCUAAUUAUAUUAAGUUGUUUGCACACCCACAAAAAAUAAUGAGAAAGAUGCCUCAACUUCCCAAACAAAUAGAACUUUGGACACCUGUUGCCAUUGAGCAAGGGCACCGGUAUUGCAAAAUUCGUUAAAUCUCUUUUUUUAUAAGUGCUUCUGCCGGCUUGUUGUCUGGUCUGACGACAGGUCGCCAAUAAAGCCACGCAGAUUUAGUAUAACGUCUGUCACUCGCUGCAUUAACAGACUUUAAAUAUUCAAUGUAAUUUGUGCUGUUGACAAAUUGUCAGCCAAAUUUGAAGUAUGACUACUUUUUUAAUAUUCAGUUUCGUAUUUCUCGAUCUUACUAAUACUAUCGAGGAAGUUUUAUGAUCAAACAGGAAAAAAUACGUUGCUUUCACUUGAAAACAAAAACAGAGCAUUUGCCGACAUGCAAGCUUUUACAGUGCACUUCGUUUAAAAUAAUAGAGUUCUUAACAGUCUGCAGACAGAAUUAAUUAAAAUGUCACACGUCUGUUGCCUAAACCAUAGGAAUAUUGUACAAUACAUUACAACACAAAUAUAACAAUGAACCUUAAUUUAAAAUUGAGGGUGACUCUUUCAGAAGCAGGUUCUGAUAUCAAUCGGGUAACACACGAAAUCUUAAGAGUGAUAUGCAUGAUAGGCUAGUUUGUUAAAAGUGUUUGAUCCCAAGAUUUAGAGAGAAGACGAAGGUGUAUUCAAGAAUUACAGCAGCUUUACGUUAUACGCGACCACCUACGAAGUUAUUUAGCGGACAAACUAUCUGAAAUGUAUCAAUCGAGUUUAUAUGUGCUAUAAAUUCAUAUUAAGUGCAAAUACAUAAGUAGUAUUUUGAUAUAUGUCAUGAGCUGUAUUUCGAAAACCAAAUGCAAAUCCAAAUUGUGUCCUACAAAGAUACAACUAAAAGAUGAGGAAAGUGAAAUUCGAAUUCAUACAACUACACCAUAUAAGGAAACGGAAGUAAGUUCUGUUGGAAGAACGGAAGUAGAUCUGUUCGUCAGAACAUGGCGGGUGGGACAUCAAACAUUCAAGAUUUUUUUCAGUCAAUAUUAGCCGCUCUUACCUUACAGCAUUCUUCGCAAAUACUGUACGUAAAGAAAACCCAACUAUAUCGCACGUUCGUUCACAUCGUUAGCGAAGAACUUGAUUCAUUUUUCGCAAACUCAUAGGCGUACGGGAGGGUGGGGCUGGGGGCUGCAGCCCCCCAAUUUUUUGAGAAUUUAUCUAUAUUCGGGAAAAAAUUGUCUUGUCAUUCGGGCAAUGACGGUCUGGUGGUUAGACGAAUAUAUUGAUCCAUAAAGCGGAACAGAAGUAUUAUUUCAACAAGUUCAACUUUUACAGGUUCAAUCAUGCACUGUAAAUCUGUAAUGGCAACGUUAGUGUAUAUUUAUUACUACCAUAGACUGCAUAGCUGGAUUCAAGCAUGUUGCGUCAGGUUAACCGUUAUUAAAGGUCAAGUGCUCUAAAAUCGGAUUUGGUUUUGAUUUUUGCGCACAUACUACAGACGUAAAUCCCCACAGAAACGGCUAGAAUGAAGGAACAAUUGCUAUGGGCCUAUGGCUACUAAUAAAAUGUCACUACUGUAUUCAUGCCUAUAUUCAUGCCUAUAUUCAGCAGUUUUACCUAGCAUAAUGUAGGCUAUACAACUAUUAAACUAAAUAAGUAUUUUGUGUGUUUUCACGCGAACCGCUGUGACGUCACUAGAAUUUAGCGUCCGCCAUGUUAGUGGAGUAAAACGCGUCACGUGCGAGGAAUUUACUAGUGUUUACUAUAGCUGUGCCAAAUCUGUUCGAAAUAUUCCUCAAUAUGCCGGCUUUUUGUGUAGUUUUAAACUGUUCAAAUGACAAAUCUAAAACGUAAAGAUCUUUCUUUCUGUCGGGUGCCAAAAGUUAUUAAAAAUCAAGGCGAGGAAAUGGAGAUUUUGUGAACCAAACGCAGUCGAAGAAUCGACGAAGAUGGCUGUCGGCCAUAUUUUUAUUGGAGUCGCCGGAGAAUACAGAAUAAAUGGUCAAAGAGAAGUUACAGAGUAAACGAACCUGGCGAGGUUGUUAAAUGUUUAUUUGAUCCUAUGACUAUGGACGAUAUCGCAGACAAUUUUCCAGAAAACUUGAGAAACGCCGGCUAUAAGCCCAUAACUGGCAUAACACAAACAGACGUUUCAACCACAACAGUUGGCAUUCAGACAAGCGAGUGUCAUAAUUCUAUGCUUCAAUCCGAGUUUUGAUUUCUGCGUAAACCAUGUUCUGCUGACUUUUAUUGAUAGACAAACUAAUCUCCUUGCAAGGGCACAGACGUUUUCAAGCUACAGGCAUCAUAACACUGUUAAAGUGUUAAUUGGAAUUACACCACAAGGUACAAUUUGCUUUGUCAGUGAAGCUUGGAGAGGGAGGAAUUCAGAUAAGUUUCUGACUGAGAACUGUGGCUUACUGGACAACCUUAUACCAGAUGAUUUGGUUCUGGCGGAUAGGGGUUUCACUGUCUAUGAAAGUGUUCAGUUCCACCAAGCCAAAUUGAACAUUCCGGCAUUCACAAAAGGAAAAGACCAACUUGAUUCUGUUGAUGUGGAACAGACAAGAAAGAUUGCUACUGUCCGGAUACAUGUCGAAAGAAUUAUUGGUUUACUGAGACCGAAAUAUACCAUUCUUCAACAAACUUUGCCAACUGAAUGAACUGAUUACCUUACUUGCAGAAAAGGAGAAUCUGUUCCUCUCAUUGACAGAAUGAUUAAGGUUCGCUCUGCACUAAUAAACCUUUGCCUUCAUACUAUAUACCUUUUGAUUGAAGUAAAGUAUUUUACAACAUUAUGUUUUCACCAAGAAACAGAAACACAUUCUUUCAACAUUUGAAAAUUUGGUGAUCAAGUCUGAGAACCUCCCCAUGGUGACCACUGGGCAACAGCAUGUUGUGUAAAUCAGGGGUGGAUUAGUAGCAGCUGAAAAGUAAAAUAUCUACCCCUGUUUGUUUCACAACAUGCUGGCUAAUCUCAGCAAUAAUAAUUCAUGCAAUUGUCAUGGGGGCUUGUGAUAUGGGGAAUAAACCUCCAUUUUAUCAUUAUGAGCCUCUCACUUGUGGGAGUCAAAUCCCUGGUUCAUGAUUUCAACUAGGCCUGUUUGAAUACCAAGAGCAUUGAAACAAUGUAAAAAACAUGUCUGUUGGGACUGUAUUGGUGGGGGUUAAGUAAUUGAUCCAAAGACUUUGGGUAGGCCAAGGCAAUAAACUACUUUAGGGUCCUAUAGACAAAAUCAAAAGCCAUAUUUGUGUAAAGUGCUGAGAUUAGCCAACAGGUUGUGCAAAAGUUUGCAAUCGCACAGGGGUAGAUUAACACUUUAACAGACCAACAUAUGACAUUGUACGAAUAAUAUGCAAAAUAAAAUGUUGUCCAGUUAAACAAUAUAGGGGUCCUAGUGUGCUAAUCCGCCCCCUGUUUACACAACAAUGAUCAUGCUCUUGCCCAGUGGUCACCAUGUGGAGGUUCUCAGCUUUGACCACCAAAAGUGUUUAAUGUUUAUCAAAGUCUUAAGUCUGUAAUAAUUUUCAAAUGCAAAAAGUUUGUAUCUUUGAUAGAGUUUUAGGGACCACUCAUUAUUUAUUGUACAGGGGGGGAUUGAGGAGAAACUGGGGGGGCCUUCAAAUUUUUCAAAACCUGAAAGGGGGGGCUUUGAAAAAUUACACAGAGACGAAAGAAGGGGGGCUUUGAAAAUAUUUACCAGUUUGAAAAAACAGUAGUUUUAAAAAUGUAUCACAAAACAACUUAACAACAAAUAACAAUAUUUAUAGACUUUAAUAUUCAUAAAUGGAAGUCAAAUAAAAAGUCUCUAAUGUUCAUGUAAAUAGACAAUUCCCAUUAUAGACUAAUUUUAGAACUAGGCAAAGAGAUGCAAAUCAAGGCCGGAUUUUGGUGAAAAUAGUGGGGGAGGUGGACAAAAAUUUUAGGAGGGGUGCAGCGGUCUAGCUCACAACUCCCAUGGAAAGUUAGGGCUUAUUGUAGAACAGGCCAAUAUCAACGAGGUGAGGUAUGCAUGUAGUGUACAUAAUAUGUACCAGUAUAUUAAUGAAUUAUGAAUGUAUGACUCCAAUCUUGCCCUUCAUUACAAUUGCUACACUGUUUCUUUCAAAACAUUGCAUUAAAAGGGUGCUUGACAUGGCUAUCACUGUUUCAAUUUUACAGAGAAAACUUUCUUACGUCACAAAGUGUAGAUCCUAAGCAACCAUCACAUUUUCACUUUGUUCCAUCAUUGAAACUUUCCCAAGGGGAAGUGCAUGACCUUUCAAGAGAGGUGGAAAAAUUCUCGGGGGAGGUGCAAAACGAUCUCUGGGGAGGUGCGCACCUCUCCACACUUCCCUCAAAAUGCGGCCUUGAUGCAAAUAAAUCACCACAGCUAGAAAGAGCAUACUAGAAUACGCAAAUUAUUGCAAAGUUUGGUUGCAAAUUGUUGCAAAAUACGGAAAAUAUAUAGCCUUGCAAAGUUUGCAAAUUUUGUACACUUUUGUAUUGCAUGCGAAAAUUGCAAUUAUACAAAAGAAUACAAAAUUUGCAAACUUUGGAAGGCUAUAUUUUCUACAUAUUUUACAACAUUUUGCAACCAAACUUUGGAAUUUUAGUAAUUUUAGUAUGCCCUUCCCGGGAAUAUACUUUUUUUGCUAAGAUAAAAAAUUAGUCUAUAAUGGGAAUGUCUAUUGGUCCCCAUUACCUAUUUUUCUUUCUCUAAAAUAAACAGCUAGAGUUUUUGUUUCUCUAAAUAAAGAUAAAGAGCUAGGGGGGGGGCAAAACUUAUGUUCUUGUUUUGCCUGUUGGGGGGGGGCUUUGAAAAUUUUACUUGUCUUAAGAGGGGGGCAACGAAAAAAUAUUACAACUGUAGAGUUUCUCCUCAGUCCCCCCCUGUACAAUAAAUAAUGAGCGGUCCCUUAUGUAUAAUAAUUUUAACAGUUUAAUAGUUCAAUAAAAAUGCAAACUAAAUAUUGGUGUAAGCUUUUUUAUAUUGUGCUCUCAGCCGUCGGAAAAAGAGUAUUGAGACCAGCUUUCAGGCAAGCAUACAAGUAAGUUCACAGUAUUAAUACACUAUAAAAGCGUGGGAUAUUUGGAUCCACCGAUCCAAUGUGUAAACAAGACUUGUCGCAAAAGCGAUUGCAAAUACAACACAAUCUGAAUCAUUUGACUGUUGCUGUCUUCGACAGAUUUUGCAUAUUCAGACAAAGGAAUCUCAUGAAUAAUUACUUUUUCUGCCUCGCUGUUUACGUUUUGUUCCGAAUCGCUGGCCGCCAUGUUGGAACUUCACUCCACCAACAUGGCGGCGUAUAAAAUUAAUUUAUGCCGUGACGUCAUGUGAAAACACACUAUAGUAUAUAGCUGCACAUAUUGCGAAGGUGUGGUAUAAGUGUGGGUAGUGACAAUCGGAUCAGUAAUGUUUACCCUUUGGCUCUGGCCCUGGGCGGCACCGCGGCUAUGACACACCAGUCACUGAAAAUAGAUACUAUACAUUAUACAAGGACCUAAUGUGACUAAUUUUAGACUUUUAGAUAGACAUAAAAGUGCGCGAUUUUUUUACAAUCAUUAAAAAAUUGUUGAUUUUACGACGUUCGGUGCGAGGAAUGCAAUAAGGAAAUCGACAGUGAUUAUAAAGAGGUGCAUUCUCGAUUGGUUCACAUUUCACAAUGGUAAAAAAAGUAAAAUGUCAUCCAGUGAUGGAAUCAUCGGAUUCAUCCAAGUCGAAAAUCAAUACUUUCUUUGUAAAAAGUAACAUGACAACCAAAAAUAAUGACCUGCUGUCACCUGCAGUUUGACCUAACCCUACUUGGAACUGAAUCGAGUGGUAGUAAAGAUUCUGCAGUCACGGUGUCUUUUGAUGAAGAUCUAUCUGAGAAAAAUGUGAAGGAGCCCAUGAGCGAAGACCAAAUGGAACCAAUGACAACGUUCAUUGACGUUGAUGAAUUAAAUUCACUGUCACAGCUCAGAGAAAAUAGUGAACAGAAUACGGUGACGGACAUUGAAAAUGUUACACCAUCUUUAGGUCGAAACACGGACAGGGUUGCCUUCCUCCUCAACUUUAAUUUCCCGCUCCUUAUCGUCGCCUUUUACCGUGUCCCAUAAAAUUUCCACCUAUUUCAGUUUCUAUAUAAUCGUAAUUUCCCUAGGUUUUUACGUACAUGUUCAUCACAGGAGUCGGAGUUAAGAAAUUAAGAACAACGAUUUUUGGAAUACUGGUCCUCUCAUUAUUUAAGCUACACAAUGUCUUGCACCAGUACUUGUCCAAUUACCCAUUUUAUACCAAUAAAUGUUGUUACGUUAGUAACUUUCUCUUUCUUUGUAAAUCGUGAUGCCAUAUAUUUAGCUUAUAAUUGAAAUGGCUAGGGACAACAUUUUUUUUUAUAUCAAUCUUCAAAGACUUCAAAGGAAAGCCUUUCAUUUGUAGUCUUCUUAGAUUAUAUAAUUUUAUGACGUCACGAAAUCUAUGACGUCAUGUCAUUCGGGCAAAUUCAGCCCAGCCCCCUCAAAAAUAAUGUGCCCGUACGCCUAUGCGCAAACUAUUAAAAUAAUUGCAUUGUAGUGAUAGUACAUGUAUAUUGUUGAUUACAAACUGCUCCCCGGGGUAUGAUUCGGUGAUUCCUGUUGUCAGGGCUGUAGCUAGACAGAUAAUUUGGGGGGGGGGGUGCAUACUCAUAUAUCGUGUUCUGACCGACGGAUUUGUUUUGAAAGAGAUUGUUUUUACGGUGUGUGAACACUGAACAUGAAUAUAUGAAUAUACCCCCCCCCCCAAUUAUCGCUUCUAUGCUACGGCCCUGUCUGUUGUUGAAGCACUCAAUAUACGUAAUUCAUAUACUCUUCUAUUCUAUUCUAUUCUACGACAAUAAAAAUCUGGCGACAAGUGGCGAGUCACAAUAAUAGAAACAGGAAGCCAUUUUGUUUUUGUCAUAGGAAGUAAACAGAGCUGGGCAACUGCUGAGUAUAAGCUAAUAAAACCCAGUCGAGCAUAUACUGUAUAGGUAAAGCAUAUAGUCAGGGACGAAACUAGCCCCUUUUAAUUAGGGGUGUCUGCUAGAAUUGCCCUGCGAAAGCCGAUGAUGCCCUGCAGCAAAAAUUGUUUUUGGCCACAAUUUCUCCCAAAAAUGUUGGCGAGCGGGGAUUGGGGGGGAGGGAGGUCGAAAUGAAACCCAGUCAGGGACGUAGCGAAGGUGUGCUGGUUGGGGGGGGGGUGCAAUACAGUAAUUUACCUGAUUUUACACUAUUGUAAAAAUUUACCUGAAAGAUAAACCCCCUAUAUUUGGGCACUGCAAUGUUGUGGUGCAUUUCUCCCCUGCACAGUUAUCACCUAGAUAUUUAACCCACAUCUAUUUUUACAACAUUUUUUCUUGCUUUUUCAAUCUAGUUUUUCUCCGAUUAGAAUAUGUUUGGUUAUUUUUGUUCUUCUAAAUUAAAGAGUAUAAGCCACACGAGAAGAACACGAGCAUAUACACACCAAGUACUCCGAACUCCGAAUAGAACUCUCCACUCAUUUUAUCAAUUAGGUAGUUAAAUCUAAAAUACCAUGAUCACAUUGAUUAGUUACCUCUCGGCCUUCCAAUAACUAUAGUCAAUUUUAACAAGUUUUUGUCGAAGCAGUCCAUCCGCCUUUUUUAUGUAGGGAAAAGGUGUAAAUUGAUAUAAUUUAUAUAAUAAAGAUAAUUUUUAGCUGAACUGGAACUGCGUUUCCCUAUACAAUGAACAAUAAUGUUACAUAGUAGUUAUUUGUUAACUAAUGUUUUUAACCUUCAAUAGUAAGUUAUUCUUUUCAAGCAAUCGGCGGUUUUUCAAGACUGACCAUUUUUUCGUGAUCGCAGUAACAUCAAAGACAUCAGUGAUAUUUUUUUCAGCGGCAAGGAUCAUGCAAUCAUUCAAACGUUUUCCAGAUAUUUUAUUGCGUGAAUAACUUUUUACAAUCUUCAGUAAACUGAAUGAUCUCUCAUUUUUCACAACGGCAGGGGCGGCUGUCAGAAAUAGUUUAUAAAGCUCUGAAGCCAACUUGAAAAGACCAUGCCCCUUGGCCACCCUAAGAGCAAUGUCCCUGCGAUCGUACAUGACAUGGGUUAAGUUUUGCCUCAAGACCUUGUGGCCGGCUGACGUUCUUCUUCCAUUCGUCUGUGUUCCUUCAGCGCAUAUUUAAAGAAAAAGGACAAUUCGCUGUGUAAUGCUGGGCUUUGUUUCUGGUGUUUCUGAAUGCAAUACAAAGAGGAACGGAUUAAAAGUGUUCUUAAGACCAAUUUGUUUCUGCAUUAAUCCUCGUUUUUGUUUGCCCAAAAAUCACAAAAAGUCACAUACUUAGGUUAACAUCAAGUUUCAAGACGUUGUUCACGCUGUUCACUGUGUAAUAAAUAAUGCAUAAAGCUUAUGCACGUAUAAUAUAGAGAACAGUAGUGCUAAAACAAUGCCCUCGUAACGGCUCAUUCAACCUAAACUAUUCAACAAUGUUACAAAUCUACGAGACAACCCUUUAGUAGUUUAAAUAUUAGACAAAUAUUGCGUAUAUAUGUCGCCAUAUCGGCCAUUUGUGUAGAAUUAUUAACGAACUACUACUACAUAAGUAAAAAUAUGACAAAGUACAAAGCGCACAAUACACAUCACACAUGUACAUCACACAUACACAGACGUUCAAAAUUUACAUCUGGAUAUCAUAUCCCUGUCGCUGUAUUAAUCUAAGCAAACAAAUAAUUCUAUGUAUUUCAAAUACACUACAUUAUUAUCAAAAAGUAGAUGUAGUCAUGAAAUUAAUAUAAUUUCUUGCACGUACCUUGACCUUGUGUAAAGAGCCAAAACCGGAAGCGCAUGUUACUUAGCGAAAAAAUUCUGGGUUUUUUGCCGAUGGAAAUAGUAAAAUUGACAACAUAUUCUUUUCGUAAAAUAAAGCCUGGCUACAUUGAAACAACGGAAAUCUUUGAACGUAUCAACGUAUGAAGCCAUAAAGAAUUAAAACCUCAUCUAUUUUCCGCAUUUCAAUCCUCUAUUAAUAUUUGCCUGUUAUUGUUAUGGGCUUUCAAGAUUUUUUACCUGAUUUAUUAUAAUGCCAGUUUUUCAUGGAUUUACCUGAAAUUUUCAUAUCGUCUUAGUUGGGGGGGGGGGGGUGGCACACCCCCCCCACACCCCCCCGGUCGCUACGUCCCUGGAAACCCUUAUUUUUUUACCAAUAUCUGUAAAAUUUAGGUCUAUAAAUUCUAUUUUAUCAUUUAAAAUCUUUCAUUGCCCUGCCAAUCCAGAUGAUUUGCCCUGCCAAUCCAGAUAAUUUGUACUUUGGCGGGUGUCACACCCCACCACACCCCUCUCAAGUUUCGCCCCUGCAUAUAGUAUUAUUAUUGUGUCGAGCCUUAAACGUAAACUGUUUCCCAUGCGAGACGGUCAAUUUUCAAACCCACCAACAUUCAACGUUAACGGUAAAUAUUAUUCGUUUUAUUUAGUGUUUCCACGAAAAUUUGUGUUUGAAGCAUUUCCAUCAGUGAAUGUCAGUCUUGGAGAUAAAGUUGAACUAAGAUGUACAGCAAAUGGCACAUUAAAUCUUACUUCUGUGCAGCUGUUAUCACGAAUGCAUAGAAAUUUUAAUCCAACUUGUUCUGUAGCGUCAGGCGAAGGAAUUUGUAGCUACCUCAUAGACAGUCUUCAACUGUGGGACAUUGGAAAAUACGAUUGCAUUAAAUUACAUAAAGAUGGAAGUUGCUAUAGCAAAUCAUUGGUUUUACAGAAAGCUAUCGAAGAGCCGACUGAAACUACUACAGUAACUACUACAAUAACUACUAAAGUAACUGCGAUGACUACCAUGAAGCCACAAGAAAUAUUAAUUUCUGAACCGGCAAAACAUGUGACUAAGCAUUCAGGUAAUUAUUUUGCUUAUGAUUCAUACAUUAAAAUUAUCUGCCAGAGGUUGUUACAGAUUUUUCACAUCUUGCUUGAUUCUUGAAAUACAUUGACUGAAUUAGCAAUUAAUGAGUUGUCCGCCAUCUUGGAUUAAUGAUGUUAUGUGACGUCACGCAAGAUUUUUUAUCUUGACAACCAGUGAUCAAUAUGAACGUGUUCAUUUGUUUUUUGUUGCUAUUUCAAAUUUCGAAUUGAAUAACCACAUUUUAAACAACGUUUGAUUGUUUAAUUACUUUUGACCAUAUGGCCUCGUUAAGGUUAUUUUCCCAUGUUUCGUUCCUUCCCGAUUUGGUUCCUGGUUGAUCUUAAGCCCAAUAAUAAGUAAGUUCUUAACCCUAUUGUGCACGAAAUACAAGGAAAUACCUGACACGAAAACGAGACCAUUUGGUCAAACAUUAAUAAACGGUAAGGUGUAUUUUAUAUAAAGUUAACCACACUGCUGACGUCAUCGAAUUGAUCGUUAAUGAGGUUAAGAAUUAAACCAAGAUGGCGGAAAGCUCAUUGCUUUCAGUCAAAAUAUUUCAAGAGUUAAACUUGAUAUGAAAAAUCUGUAACAUGAAAAUGUUACAGAUAAUUUUACACUCUCGUCCAAAUGAGACAGUAAUUUUUUACAGUAUUUUAAACAGUAUUUUAAACAUUUUUACUUUCAUAUUUGGGUUUAAUUUCAUGUUGGAUAAUCUUAUUAUGUUAAAUGCACUGAGUCACUGAGUUCCCUCAUUUCUUACAAAUCCUUCAAAACGUAGAAUUCACCGAUGCAAAACUCCUGCAGUGACCACAGAAACUUUGAUAGUGUAAACCAGCCUUAAGAGAUCAAUGUUGGUCCUAUUCGAAAAACAGCACGAUCAGAUUUUUCUUCACGAGGGGGUAUUGGGGGGGGGGGGGGUUAACCCCCCAAACUUUUUUAGAAUUAACAUAUUCGGAAAAUCAGGUUGGCCAUUCGGAAAAUUACGGCAAUAUAUAAAGGUAUAACAUAAUUUUAGUUCCUAAACAGCUCGAAAAUAUAAUAUAAUUGGAUUGUAAAUUGCGUCUUCAUUUUCAAUAUAGUAAACACCUUCGUGGCUUCGUAUGCCAUGAAAUAUUCGGAAAUUUUUUUCGUCUUUCGGAAAUUUUUGUCCCCUCCCCAAUGGCCUACACCCCCCCCCCCAACUAUACAUGCUAGCUAUGGCCCUGAAGGUCUCAGAUUUUUUGUAUAUUUCUAAACAUUGCAUCGAUAAUUACAAUAACGUUUAAAGAUUUCCUGCUUCAGCUACAAGAUCCUACAUGAAGAGAAUAUCAUGUUCUCAAUCCAUUGCCCAUAUGCAAUAUUGCAACAACGUUGUUGGCCUCGUUUAAACACUAUGUUGGGUAACAUUUCUAUGUUGGCUGAUGUUGAAAGAUGUUGGAUCGCGUGUGCAACAUCGCCUAACAUUGCUGGACCAACGCGAGUUCAACAAUUAACCGAACAACAACAUGAUGAAACAACAUGAAUAUAUAAUAUAUUUGACUCCGAAUAUCACAAUUUUUGCAUUUCAGACAACCCGACACCCAGUGAUGAAGCAACUUCCUUAACAUCGCAGACAUUGAAACAUGUUACAUUGGUACUACUGACUGCAGUUAUAAGAUUUUGAUUCACAACUGAUUUGGUACAGAAGUUUCAGAACGCGUGACUUUCUAGCCUCCAAGACGGCCAAUGGAUUUGUAUAUAGACAUGAUAUAUGCUCGAUUCAACACGUUAUAUACAUCAAAGAGUUGAUUUAAAUACCUUGAAGGAACAAAGUACUCUUUCAGAAUCAUCCUCAGAAAUAUAAAAAAAACUAUUGUCGUAUUAUUCUGAGACUGACAAAUUCGUUGUCUCAAGCGGGAUUCGAACAUGUAUAUUCGGGUUUCUAGGCCGCCGCUCUGCCCAUUGAGCUAUCGAAUCAACCGGGAUUGGUAACGAGUCUUAUCCAAUUUAAGUGCACGAAAUAUUUUUGCGAUGACUUAACGCUAUAGCGCUUGUCUUGGACGACGUGCAGUAUUUCGCUACCAAUCCCCGUUGUUCAAUUAGCCUUUUCCCAAAAGAAAUCACGGUGCAUUCUGGGAUUGUUUGGAGGGACAAAAUAUAUGGUGACAGGCGUCAAAUAUGUGAAAGAGUAGAAGUAUCUACUAUCAAAUAUCAACUUUCUAGACGACCAAAAAUGAAAUAUCUCCUUUUUACAUAAAACUUUUAAUUUAAAUUUGUGCUGCCAUAUUUCUUGUCCCUCCAACAUUGGAUAUAUUCGCACGACUAGACCCAGGACUUUGGGAAAUGGCUAAUAGGCUCAACGGGUAGAGCGGCGGUCGACUAGAAGACAGCUGUAGAUUGAGAGAGAUUCAGCUAUAUAGUGUCGGAAAAAAUUAAGCAGAACUUCAAAAUACAAGCAAAAUUUCAAAUUAAUGCUUGUCUGAAUUUUCCAGGUAGAGGUUAAUACAUUUUCUUUACAUGCUUGCAUGCUAAAAAUAGAUUUAACCAGUAGUAUGUAUAUGUAUACAGUAUAGCAUGUGCGGAAUUGGGUGUAAACGUACAAAACAAUUAGCUGAUCAGAUCGAUUUCGGAGAAGCAUCAUUAGACGAUCUGUAAAUAAUAUGUUUGGCAUAAUUAAUCAAGUAUUAGAUACUUUGAUGGUUUUUUUCAAUAAUAUAUUAGCCAACCCUUAUCGAUAACUUCCUGGUCGUGUCGAACCUUAGAUUUCAAUAUAAUUUUAUAGUUUCUAGAAUAUACCUGCCAGGAUUCCAUUUACGCUAUUGUAUUUAGCGUUUCAACAGGUUUAUGUAUAUCAGUCAAUGAUUCAAAUAUAUAAUGUAUAAAAAGUCAAUCAUUAUUAGAGUGCAGUAAAACAGAUAAAUUAAGCUGAAAAAAAUAUUUAUUACAAAGAACAAAUUACGAAAUAGACAGUACGGCGUCAGCUUAAUAAAGAAUUGAACAUUGUGUAACAAUGUAGAAAUUAACUUAACAGAUAAAUUAAUAUUAUUUGUAGUUAAAUGGAAAUAUUAUUUGUUAAUAAAUGGAAAAUAUGAC